AUGGCUAACACGAGUAGAAGCAAUAGUUUAGCGAUGAGUUCAACAAUUUCAACUAUUUCAAAAACGACGUACGAUAAUAGAGAUAAGGCCACUGUGGAACACAACCAUGCCAACAGUAUCCAAGAAGGGUCUAACAAGGACUGUGAAAAGGGAAACUCAAUUCCAAUGCCGGUUGAUUCCUGUUUUGAAGUGACAUUCGACCGUGAUGGUCCCGCUGACCCGGAAGAUAUUGCCAGACACCUUUCACUACUUCGCAAAUACUAUAUAUCUUCGUUAAUCACCUUCACAUCAAUGGUGAUCACCAUAAUUUCAUCUUGCUGGACAUUUGUUUCACCAAAGAUAAUGUCCCAUUUCCAUAUCUCCCACGAAGUAAGUAUCCUCGGUAUCACAUUCUAUAUUUUCGGUCUGGGAUUUGGCCCAUUAUUCCUCUCACCCAUUAGUGAAUUCUAUGGUCGUCGCCCCACUUUCAUCUUUUCUUUGACAGUUAGCAUCAUUUGGCAAUGUCUUACCACAUGGUCUCGUACUAUUGAAGGUAUGAUGUUUGGUAGAUUUCUAAGUGGCUUCUUUGGCAGCACAUUUUUAUCCGUAGCUGGUGGGAGUAUUAGUGAUAUAUUUGAUAAAGAUAGCAUCACAGUCCCCAUGGCAAUCUAUACCACAUCAGCCAUGUUGGGACCUGAACUUGGUCCCAUUAUCUCGGGUGCCCUUUACAAAGUUGAUUAUAAAUGGACUUUUGUAACGUUAUUAAUUGCAUCAGGUGUGUGUUUGGCACUAAUAAUCGUUACUGUCCCUGAAACAUAUGAACCCAAAUUAUUAAUAAAGAAGGCACAAAGACUGAGAGAGGAAACUGGAGACGAAAGAUGGGUUGCACCACUAGAGAUUACUAAGAAGGAAACUAGUUUCAUGUCAUCUGUGUUUCUCUCAUCAAAGAGACCUUUCUUAUUGUUGGUACGUGAUCCUAUGAUGGGGGUUCUUUGUUUCUAUACGGGGCUAGUCCUGGCCAUUGUUUAUUUGUUCUUCGUCGCAUUCCCAUACAUAUUCAAAAAACUAUAUGGAUUCCACGAAAUGGAAGUUGCAUGUGCGUAUAUUGGCAUGCUAGUGGGUAUGUUAGUAGCAUGUCCCACAUCAAUAAUUUUUCAAAAGAGGUACGAAUUGAAAGUGAAAGCCAAUAAUGGUGAAAGGACGCCAGAAAUGAGAUUCGAACCAUUAUUCUAUGGUGCAUUCUUGAGUCCCGUCGGGUUGCUUAUCUUUGCAUGGACAUGUUAUUCACAUGUCCAUUGGAUUGGCCCUAUUAUUGGAAGUGGUGUUUUCGGAACCGGUGUUUUCUUUGUAUUUGUUGGUGUAUUUAAUUAUACCGUGGAUGCAUACAGAAGAUUCGCAGCUUCAGGGAUGGCUUGUAAUUCGUUUGUCCGUAGUACGAUGAGUGGUGUUUUCCCAUUAUUCGGACUACAGAUGUAUGAAGGGAUGGGUAUUAAUUGGGCUAGUUUCUUAUUAGCCAUGGUUACCAUGCUGAUGAUUCCUGUCCCAUUCUUGUUCACUAAGUACGGUGCAUAUCUAAGAGGUAAGUCUCCAUAUGCCUGGACAGAUUGA